AUGCGGUUGACAACAGCCAUCCUCACCACUCUAUGCCUCGUCCUCCCUGCGACAGCCGAUGUGCGAUACUGCUACCCCAUACCAGGAACAGAAAGCACCCCCAUCCCUCAGUCCAUCCUCGAUCUCGAUUACCAGGUCAAGGUAGACUGGGGAAAUAAACUCUGCACCCAGUCCACCUUUCCAUCUGAGGCACUGCAGAUCUCCCAGACCGCCCUCGAAGACGGAAUCUUGGCAGAAGAUGGCAAAAUCUAUGGCGUCGAGCUUGCCCUUCGUUUCAUCACGUCCGAACUCAUCUGUCUUAAUAAUGUCAAUGCCCUCCUCGGCGUCGGAGCUUGUGAACAGGGCGGUUUCAUGACUCUCGCCGGCCCCUUUGAGCAAUGGACAUACAUUAUCCCUCUCAACUAG